AUGCAGCAUCUCUUGGUGGUGACGGCUCUCGCCCUGCUGGCAGGUGGCGCUUCCGCUCGGCCAGAGCCGGAAGCCCCCUACCCGGCUUCCGGCUGGCGUCCCGAGGGCCGGCAGUUCUUCCUGCCCGCGUCGUCGCGGUCCGCCGGGCUGUACGCGCCGCCCCCGCAGUACGGCCCGCCGGCCACGACCACCGAGUCGCAGGCGCAGCGCGAGCCGCUGGAGGACUCGGAGGCGGGCGUCUACUUCGUGCUGCUGCCCGACGGCCGGCUGCAGCGCAUCGCCUACGCGCACGGCCCCGCGCCCGCCUCCUUCUCGCUGCUGCCCGAGCGCCUCACGCUGCCCGGCGCCGCCCCCGUGCCAGUCGACCCGGGCUACCUGGCCCGCUUCCACUACCAGGACCUGCUGCCCCAGGGGGCGCCCGUCUUCGCCUACCAGCAGGCCGGGCUCACGCGCAUCGCCUGAAGCGCUCCGCGAAACAGCGUGGCACAUCCAUCUAAGGCUGUGAAUCAAUUCUUAGGUCUCCAGGUUCACCUUCGAUUCACCAAAGAAACAAGUGCUGCUCUCUUAGAUGAUAAGAAUAUCACGAUCAUGCUCAUUUACGAUAUGUAUUCGCAAUAAAUAUUACUUUAGAGCUAUUCUUUGUACACAAU